AACUGCAACUCUCGGCGCAGCGUUUUGACGCUCGCCAAUGUCAGUGUUAUGAGACCUGUUCCAUAAGGUUACAUUGUAGUUUGCACACCAGGACGAGGCGAGUAACAUCAGAUUUUUUUGUAUAUAUGAGAAGGCUGCGGCCUCGUUUGGACAUAUUUAAAGAAAGGCAAACAUUGUUGGCGUUUAUGUGCUGACACAAGAUGUUUCCAGCUAGCAGAUACUCCAGUAAAGCCGCCAGGUGUAUCAGGGCGCUGAAGACGGUCCAAGUGGACCAUGCGUCACCUCAGCUUUACACCACCGUACACAACAGACGAAGCUGCUCCUCCGUCUCCACGCCUCGCAUCACAACACACUACACCAUCCACCCCCGGGAUAAAGACCCAAGAUGGGAAGGUGUGGAAAUGGAGAGGUUCGCCGACGAAGCCGAUGUGGUCAUCGUGGGUGGCGGGCCGGCGGGUCUUUCGGCGGCCAUUCGUCUGAAACAGCUAGCCAAGGAGCAGGAGAAGGAGCUGCGGGUGUGCCUGGUGGAGAAGGCCUCGCAGAUGGGUGCACACACCCUGUCGGGAGCCUGCCUGGAGCCCAGCGCGCUCUAUGAACUCUUCCCCGAUUGGAAGGAGCGAGGGGCUCCUCUGAACACACCAGUGACUGAGGAUGUUUUCAGCAUCUUGACAGAGAAGCACAGAAUUCCUGUUCCCAUGUUGCCAGGUCUGCCCAUGAGGAACCAUGGCAACUACAUCGUGAGGCUGGGCAACUUUGUACGCUGGCUGGGCGAGCAGGCCGAGGAGCUGGGAGUGGAGUUGUAUCCUGGUUACGCCGCUUCUGAGGUUUUGUUCCAUGAAGAUGGAAGUGUCAAAGGAAUCGCCACCAACGAUGUGGGAAUCGCCAAAGACGGCUCCCCGAAGGAUAUAUUUGAGAGGGGCAUGGAGCUCCACGCUAAAGUCACAUUGUUUGGAGAAGGCUGCCACGGCCAUUUGGCCAAGCAGCUUUACAAGCAGUUCAACCUGCGUGAGAACUGCGAGCCACAGACGUACGCCAUCGGCCUCAAGGAGGUGUGGACGAUUGAUGAGAAGAAGUGGAGACCCGGCCGAGUGGAGCAUUCAGUGGGCUGGCCUCUCAACAGGAACACGUAUGGCGGCUCCUUCCUCUACCACCUCAAUGAAGGAGAGCCUCUGGUGGCCCUGGGCUUUGUGGUGGGUCUAGACUACUCCAACCCUUACCUGAGCCCCUUCAGGGAGUUCCAGCGUUGGAAGCACCACCCCUUCGUUGCCCCCACUUUGGAGGGAGGCAACAGGAUCGCUUAUGGUGCCCGCGCCUUGAACGAGGGCGGCUUCCAGUCCAUCCCCAAGCUGACAUUCCCGGGAGGCCUGCUGAUUGGCUGCAGCCCCGGCUUCAUGAAUGUCCCCAAAAUCAAAGGCACCCACACGGCCAUGAAGAGUGGCAUGCUGGCAGCCGAGACCAUCUUCCCCAAAGUGACGGCAGAGAGUCCAGAGUCAGAUACAGCGGGGCUACACGUUCCCGAGUAUUCUGAGGCCUUGAAAGCAUCUUGGGUAUGGAAAGAGCUUUGUGCUGUGAGAAACAUCCGACCGUCCUUUCAUAACUACUUCGGCCUAUACGGCGGCAUGGUCUACACGGGUAUCUUCUACUGGAUCCUCAGGGGCAAAGAGCCGUGGACGCUCAAACACUGUGGCCGCGACGCCGACCAGCUCAAGCCGGCAAAAGAGUGCACGCCCAUAGAGUACCCCAAGCCCGACGGGAAGAUAAGCUUCGAUCUGCUGUCGUCCGUGGCACUGAGCGGCACAAACCACGAGGGCGACCAGCCCGCACAUCUCACCCUGAGGGAUGACAGCGUGCCAGUCAACAGGAAUCUCGCCAUCUAUGACGGGCCCGAGCAACGUUUCUGCCCUGCAGGUGUGUACGAGUACGUUCCCUUGGAAACGGGCGAUGGCAUGCGACUGCAGAUCAACGCUCAGAACUGUGUGCACUGUAAGACCUGCGACAUCAAGGACCCGAGCCAGAACAUCAACUGGGUGGUGCCGGAAGGUGGAGGUGGGCCAGCUUACAAUGGAAUGUAAAUAUUUAUAUCCCCCCCUAAAACAAACACUUGAAAAAUGACAAAAGGAACAUGACAUUCAGGGCCUCAACAUGUGCCUACUGGAGGAUAAUUAUGAUCAUGUGCAGUAAUCAUGUGUUAGAGUUUGGAUUUCUUAAUAUAUAAAAGAAAUGACAACUUUCUGCAUUGCUGCCAUAUAAAGAAAGCGGGCAUUGAACGUGUCAUUUGCAUAAAGUGGCCUUUGUUGCUGUAGUUAAACAUGUCCAUCUGUAAUAAAUCUUUUUAAGACACACGCACAUCUUUCAUAAGUUAACAUUUAUUCCAGGUACUUGGUGAUCUGCUGUACAUAUCACACCAGUGAAUAAACUACUUAACCGGUCUGCACGUGUCGAGUGGCCAAUGAUGCAUUCAGGGGCGACCGUUACAUCGCUACAAUGUGGUACAAGUGUUGAGUGUCACAAAAAGGACUUGUCACCUGCUUGCAUCCGGCCGUGUGGAAUGAGGUCAGUUAGGAGGCGCGAGGCGUUCAGGCAAACAUUUUGGCAUAGAUUUUCUUCUCUUUCUCCUUCUCUUCCUGCACUUUGAGUUGCACUCGCUUCAUCUCAUUCAUGAUGGCUGCCAGAAGGAAAGACAAAUUUAGUUCAUCUAUUGUACUCCGGUAUAUUUCAUUACAUUUAUAGGUUCAUGUGAGGUGUUCAUGGUGCAAUUUAAUUCCCUCUGCUUUUCUAUUGGCAAUAGCAAGUAGUACAAUGUACUAGUGUUGCGCAAUAUUUUUUUGUAUACCGGUAUAGUCUUCCAAAGAUAAGACUUGGAUACACAAGACGAGUGUAGACGGGAAGCACAUUUAUUAUUGUACCCAACUCCUCAGACAGUUUCUCAACACACAGGACAUGCGACCGGCCUUCAAAAUAAAAGCAAUGUUUGCCAUCUAACUGUAAAUACGACAUAUGCAGUUGGGAUUUCAUGGGUGACUACAUCUUCCUUCAUCCCCAGCACAGGCAUUAGUUUGAAGAUUUAGUAGCAAUGCGUGCAGAGGCCGACAUCCCAUUAAAAAAGUUAACCACGUUGUUU